AUGCUUGUUGUACACCGAUUCUUAAAAAUGAAAAAUUUUGGAAAAACAAUACUUUUGCUUCCGUUGAUUUUCCUUUUUAUGGAAUGUACAUGGAGCUUAUAUGCGGAUGUCAAAGAGAUACAAACAGUAGAAACAGUUGAAAAAUUGGAAGAAUUACUAAGUUUGAAGAAAAUGUGCUUGGUUCAAUUUUACGCUACUUGGUGCCGAGUCUCCAGAGGCUUUGCUAAUGAUUUUAUUAGUAUCGCAAAGACGGUAAAAGAUGAUAUAACCAUUUUAGCUGUAAAAAAUGAAGAAAUAGCAAAUAAAUAUAAAAUUGAAGUAUAUCCAAAUAUACACCUUUUUUUUGUAAAGGAUAAUAAAAAAGAAGUUGAAAAAUUCGAUGGAAAUUACAAAAUAAAAGAUGUGGUUAGCUUUAUAUAUGAUAGUAUAAAAAAAUAUCGUUUAAAAGAAUUAAAUAUAGAUAUAAGUAAAAAUAAGAGUUCAUAUAAAAAAAAAAAAAAUCAAAAUAAAAAUGAUGGUAAAGUAAUUAUAUUAAAUGAUACUAAUUUUGAUAAGUCUAUUUUACAAAAUGAUGAUAAUGUGUGGUUUGUCUUUUUUUAUGCCCCUUGGUGUGGUCAUAGUAAACCAAUACAUCCUAUAUUUGAUGAACUUGCCAAAAAAGUUGCUCAUUUAAAAAAUGCAAGAAUAGCAAAAAUUGAUGCAACAGUUGAACAAAGAACAGCACAAACUUAUCAAAUAAAUGGAUAUCCAUCUUUUAAAUUAUUUCCAUCAGGAAAUAAAACAUUACAUAGUGCCAUCAAUUAUAAUGAAUCAAGGACUACAGAAGAUCUUUAUCAAUUCUUUUUAAAAUAUUAUAAAGAAAAAAAAGAAGUAAUUCAAUUGACAUCUCAACAAGUUUUUGAUGAAUAUUGUGAAAAAGAUGUAUGCCUUUUGGCUAUAUUACCAAAUAAAGAAGAUACAGAAGCUAGCUAUUUUGAUUCUUAUAUUAAUAUAUUAACAAACGUUACUAAGGAUAUAAGUAAUUUACCUGUUUCAUUUUUGUGGACACAAGCAGGAGAUCAGUUAGAUAUAGUACAAAAGUUAAAUCUUACAUUUGGUUUUCCUACUGUUAUUGCUAUUAGUUUUUCAAAAAAUGUUUAUUCCAUUUUAAAAGGAAAUUAUUCUGAACAAUCCAUAAAAAAUUUUAUUACACAAAUGAUGAUGGGCAAGUCUUCUGUGGACAAUUUAGUUCCAUUUACAGUAAAAAAUGUCCCAAAGUUUUCACCUAAUACUUUAAACGAAAAUAAUUUAGAACUGUGA